GGAGCGAGUAAUGUUCAAGUUGGCGCGCGGAAGAUCGCGCCGUGGCCGAGUCUAGUCGGAGCCACGCGGCGCCCAGCGCCGUGCUCAGUAUUCGUAAAGCGUGCGACCGACGCGCUGCCCGUGUUCGUGGCUCCCACUCGGAUUGACUAUAAAAUUUGUGUGUUCUGUUCUGUGCAGUGCUCAUCGUUCCCUUUGUCUGCAGGUACAGUGCGAGCCGGGAUGUGUACAGUGAUGGUGUGACGUGCCUGAACGCACAGUGUUUGUGUUAACUAUAGUGCAAAAGUGUUCAUGGAUUGUGUCUAUUUUGGAUUGACAUAGCGAGUCCUCGAGAGAUCAACUUGAGAACGGGCUACAAUGGUGUUGUCGUGUGCGGGACGCGAGGGGGCGGGCGCGGCGAGUCGGCGCGCAUGGCUGCGUCAAUGAGGGAGGGCGCGCCGGCCGGCGGAGCUCGCCCCGCGCCCCACGCGACCAACUUCGAGUACGAUGACAACGAGUGGGACAUAGGCAUCGGAGACCUCAUCAUUGACCUCGAUGCCGACAUAGAGAAAACGGACGAGGCGGGCGGCAUGGCGGCCCGCGCCGAGCCGGACGCGCAGCGCACGGCGCUCAAGAUGAAGAUCAAGCGUACCAAGCCGGGAACCAAGAGCUCGGAGGCCAAGCACGAGAUCGUCAAGUCGAACGAGAUGAACGGCGAGCCCAAGACGCAGGGCGCCGCCGCCGCCCCGCCCGCCGCCGCCAAGCGCGGCUCCGGCGGCCACCGGAGAGACAAGGCGCGCGACAAGCACCACCACCCGCACGACGUCAACGGCGUGGCCAGGCCCGUCGCGCCCAACGCGCCCGGGCCCCCCGCGCCGCCGCUGGCCGCCCCGGCCGCGCCGCUCGCCGCGCCCGAGCCCCGACCCUCGCCCGCGCCGCGGCUCGAGCCCGCCUCCGCGCCCGCGUCCGCGCCCGCGCAGCCCCCGCCGCCGCCCGCGCCCGCGCCCGCGCCGCACGCCCCCCACCCGCCUCACACACCUCACGCGCCGCACGGCCCCACGAUACCUAUCAAACCUGAACCUGACGACUCGCGGCAAGAAGCCCCGAGCUUACAACCACCGGCCAAGAAAAUUAAAUCAGAACCUAAGGACACAGCAGAAGUAUGCGUCGGCACGUCAGUCGGCACGAUCACGGAGCCGGACUGUCUGGGCCCAUGCGAGCCUGGUACCUCGGUCACGCUGGAGGGCAUCGUCUGGCAUGAGACGGAAGGUGGCGUGCUGGUAGUGAACGUGACGUGGCGCGGCAAGACCUACGUCGGGACCCUUCUAGACUGCACUCGCCAUGACUGGGCGCCUCCACGAUUCUGCGACUCGCCAACGGAGGAGCUGGACGCGCGGACGCCGAAGGGGCGCGGGGCUAAGCGCGGGCGCGGCGCCGCGCCCACCGACAUGACCAACUUCACCGAGACGCGCUCCUCCGUGCACAGCAAACUGCGCAACGGCGGCGCCAAGGGCCGCCGCGCGCUCCCCUCCCCGACGCCCUUCACACCCCCGCGCCCCGACAACAAGAGGAAAAGAACAUCAGAAGCAGAGGAACGACCGCCCACCCCCAAAGCCAAGCGACCGCCCCCCACACCCUCCUCUCCGCCCCCCGAUCCCGUCCUCCUAGAAUGCCCCGAGCCCAACUGCUCCAAAAAGUACAAGCACGCGAACGGCUUGAAAUACCACAGAUCGCACGCGCACGGCUCGCCGGAUGACGACGACAAGGACGGCUCCAGCUCUGAACAAGAAGAGACCCCUCCCGAACCUGCUUCCCCAGCCCGUCCACCCUCUGAACCGGCUACCCCAGCCACCCCCGUCAAAUCCCCAACUCCUGCCAAAUCCCCGGACGCGAAGAGCGAGAAGUCUCCGGAGAAGUCGCCCGAGAAGCCGGAGGUGGAGUCGCCGGCGCCGCGGUUCGCGGAGGAGUUCGUGCCGAGCCCGCCGCCCGCGCCGCCCGCCGAGCGCGCGCCCACGCCGCCACCACCCGCCACGCCGCCGCCGGAAACUUUACCUACGCUACAACCUACUCAAUUUAAGGUCAAACCGCGCUCAGCGCUAAUGCCAGCCGAGGAGACCCAACGCAAAUCCGCCGAGUCCCCCGAUGAGUCGCCAGGCAAGCGGCGACGGCGCUCGCCGACGCCGGGGGCGCGGUCGCCCGCCUACUCCGACAUAUCGGACGACACGCCCGCGCCGGAGGGAGUGCCAGACGCGGACGCCGAGCACAGGCCCUUCCCUGUCUAUCAUCAGUAUUACGGCCAGCCGCCGUACCUGCCGCCGACGCACGCGCCGCCGGCCGACAAGGGCAAGGAGGACCUCAAGGACCCCAAGUCCGACCUCAAGGAUGGCAAACCCGAGAACGCUCCCCAAAAAGUCCUGCCACAGCACUUCUACCCGUACAACUACGUGCCGAAUUUUCCUUACAACGUUGAACCGGGCGCUCCACCGGGUGCUCCCAUGGAAGACAAAGGAAAGGAGCCCGAGCGAAAGACCGCCAGCCCCCUAGACAAGGGGAAGGGCAAGGAACCUCCGCGGCCGAACGACACGCAUCAGAUCCUGAAGGAGAGCAUUGAGAUGAAGGCUCAGAUGGGGCCGUAUGCUUUUCAAAGGCCGCCGCAUGCAGAGAAGAGGAUCUCAGAAGAGGCAGAGCCGCUGCGGUCGCGUCGCGACGAUGAUGACGCGCGGGACCUGGGGGCUCUCGUGUGCCCCAUCUUCAUCUCGCGCAGCUCUCGCCGAAGCUCCGCGACCUCCCGGGCGAGAUCACUUAACGCCGAACCGGGGACUGGGUUGCUGACGGCGGCGACCCUCGGCGCGGCGGUGGCCAGGUCGUUGACCCGGUCGGCCAGGUCUGCGAGGUCCUCCAACGUCGAAGUGUUGGGCUGCCCGGCGAGCACCGUCUGGAUCCCGUGCGGCAGGCGGCCAAUCCACAAGUUCUUCAUGAAGUCGUCGUCCACGCUGACGCCAGCCAGCCCCUGCAGAUACUACAUGAGCCUGGAGGCGCGGCGGAAAGAGUCGGGCAUGGACGGGAAGCCCCCCGGGGCGGCGGCGGGCGCGGGCGGGCGGCCGCCGCCCAGCCUGCCCAAGCCGCCCAAAGACAAGGACGACAAGAAGGACGACGUCAAGGUCAAGCAGGAGGGUCAGAAGCCUACCACUGAGACUCAGGGCCCACCGCCGCCUCCGACGUCGCAAUACUACCUGCCGUACAUGCAGGGACCGCACUACGGGGCACUGCCCUUUGACCCGGUGUACCGCGCGCCGCUGAGCCCGAUGCUGGUGUCCGGGUUCGGCGGCGGCUGGACGGUGCCGCGCUACCACGCGCCCGAGGACCUGUCGCGCCCCGGCGCGCCCGCCAAGCUCGACCUGCUGCCGCCGCACGCGCCGCAGUACUACCCGCACCAGCAGCACAAGAUACACGAGCUGCAGGAGCACGCGAAGCCCCCAGCAGCGACCAAGCCUCGUCCGUCGCCGCCGAAGGAGCCGGCGCGCUCUCCGCCGCCGCAGCGGCACGUGCACACGCACCACCACACGCACGUCGGCCUCGGCUACCCGCUCUACCCGCCGCCAUACCCCGCCGCGGCAGUGCUGGCCAGCACGCAGGCCGUGGUGAACUCGUUCCCGACGCCGCCCAAAUGAGAGCGCGCGCCCUAGCGCGGCCUCCGCCCCGCCUGACCCGCGCCCGCGCCCGCGCCGGCCCGACCGGCCUGAGCGCCCGG